AUGCCUUCCCGGCUGCUGCGCCUUCCCGGGACAGCGCGAGGCGCUGGGAGCUGGGAAUCGCUGUCCGAUCCCCGGCAGACCUGCGGGCGCGCAUCUGGGGACCCGAAGCCUGGCACAUGGGAGGCAGGGGUGGAACUCCGGUCUCUGCAGCAGUAUCGCACCGUGCCAGCCGCUCCGGAGUCUGAGAGGACUUUCACUGUUAUUCCUUCAAAAUCCCAUUCUGGGGCUGGAGCCCAGAGUGGCCACACUAAUGGCUGCCUCGCCUUCCCCUUCCAGGUCACCUCAACACCUUACAAGCCGAGUCCCGGAAGCAGUUGCCAGGGGCCAAAGGAAUAUUACAACAACAUGGUCCAGAUGUGCUGUGCCACGUGUCCGCCUGGCCAGCAUGUGAAACACGUCUGCACCAAGACUUCAGACACCGUGUGUGCCGAUUGCGAGGACAGCACCUACACCCAGCUCUGGAACUGGCUCCCCACGUGUCUGAGCUGUGGUUCUCGCUGUGGCCCUGACCAGGUGAAGACACAGACCUGUACUCGGCAGCAGAACCGCGUGUGUGCCUGCAAGGCAGGCAUGUACUGUGCGCUGCUGACGACCGACAGCUGCCGGCAGUGCAUGAGGCUGAGCAAGUGUGGCCCUGGCUUCGGUGUGGUCAGCACAAGAACUCCAAACCAAGAUGUGGUAUGCAGAGCUUGUGCCCCAGGAACAUUCUCUGACACCACAUCAUCCACAGAUGUGUGCAGGCCCCACCGCACGUGUAGCCUGGUGGCCAUUCCCGGCAAUGCUAGCGUGGAUGCGGUCUGUGCGUCUGAGUCUCCCACUUUGAGUGCCACCCCAGGGACAGCCUACAGAUCUCUGCCACAGCCCACAAGAUCCCAGUCCCAGGAGCUGGAGCCAGAGUCAGAGCCCAGCUCAAUUCUAAGUACUUCCAUGGGAUCGCCUAUCAGCCAACCCAGCACCAAGGACAGCAUCUCUCUUCCAAUAGGACUGAUUGUGGGGGUGACUGCCCUGGGUCUGCUGAUGAUAGGAUUGGUGAAUUGCUUUAUCCUGACCCAGAAGAGAAAGAAACCUUCCUGCCUACAAAGAGAAGCCAAGGCGCCUCACCUGCCUGAUGAGAGCGCUCGGGGUGCGCCGGGUCUGGAGCAGCAACACCUGCUGACCGCAGCACCCAGCUCCAGCAGCAGUUCCCUGGAGAGUUCAGCCAGCGCUGGGGACAGGAGGGCACCCUCUAGGGACCAGACACAGCCACCAAUUAUGGAGGAGGCCAGAGAGUCCCAGGAAGCCUGGGCUGGUUCCAGGGGCUCAGAGUCCUCCCACGGCAGCCCCGGGACCCACGUCAAUGUCACUUGCAUCGUGAACGUCUGCAGUAGCCCUGACCACAGCUCACAGUGCUCCUCCCAAGGCAAUGCCUCAGUGGGGGACCCAGACGUCAACCCCUCAGGCCCUCCAGAGGACGAUCAGGUCCCCUUUUCCCAGGAGGAGUGCCCUUCUUGGUCCAACCUGGAGACUCCAGAGACACUGCUGCAGAGCCACGAGAAGUCCCUGCCCCUUGGUGUGCCUGACGUGGGCAUGAAGCCCAGUCAACCAGGCUGGUGCAGCCAUGUCCCAGCCAAAGUGGCCUGACCCCUGGCAAGGCAACCCUUCAAAGGGGUCCCAAGUCCUUCUAGACCCCAACCCUAGGACUCUGUGGAUCUCUCUGGGCCCAUUUCCCAUUUCUCCGCAGCCCCACCUGCAGGCCAAGUGAGGUUUGAGGCAGCAGAAUGCUGGAAAACUUUUGCCACGAUGGCGACUUAUAUUCUUCUUAAAAGGCCAGAUAGGCACUGACCUGUGGGGCAGCCCAAGUGAGUCCUUGCCUUUCUGUGACCUGUGAGCCUGGCUUCGGGAUCCCCUGUGCUAUGGCCUGAUUCUGACUUCUGAGAGGCCUCACAUCUCCCUCUGAGAACCUUGUAUCCUCUUCCCUAUGCUUGGGGAAAGGAUAGUACUUCAGCCUGGCUGCUGACACUGCAGGACAGUCCCAGCAGGAAAGAAGAAGCGACAGCCUUGUAGGGCACGGGCGUCCUUCAGGUUAGUGCUAGACUCUUGGAAAGUACCACCUUCAAAUCUACCAUAGUCUUUUCAAAGAAUCAGAUGUCCAGAAGGCCUGGCAGGCAGCCUUGCUCUGCUGUGGGGGCCUGGGGCUGCAGCUCAGGGCUGGAGUGUACUCGUAGAAUGCCCUGGGUUCAAUCUCCGGCACCACACAGCAAACAGACAACACAACCAGACCCACAUACAUGGUUUCCAUCCUCUACCUUUGACCUUCACUCCAAGUGGACCCACAGAGGGCUUCAGCUCCUUCUGGCUGCCUGGUGAGCCCUUCCAAGGCCACAUCCUCUUUCUUUCAGGGAAUUUCAGGGACUGUAGAGGUCCCAGGCCUCUGCAGCCACCUGUCUCCUCCUACCUCAACCUGGACUGCCCUUCAACUUUCUGAAGGGGCAUGCUCCCUCUCCCUAACCCCCAGUCCCAGGGGAGCCACGGAGCCACUUGGUACUGUGCCCACUGCAACCCCAAGCGAGAAGCUGAGAGCCAGAAGAGUGCCUGUGUUGUGCAUUGUGGGUUGGAACAGCUAGUGCCUCCAGAUGAGUGGCCCAUCUGAAGCAACCAAAGCCAGCUAUUUUGCCAAAGGAUUCUUCCCCAUUAGAAAACAAUCCUGCUCCCCUAACAUGCCCAGAUCUGGAAGGAAGGGUUUUAGGGGACUCUUUGAGAGGCCAGUUCAGUCUCAGGUACUUGGAUCCCAUGUUGAUAUAUUCCACUGGACAUGAACUCAGUAACUAAACUAUUAGAGGGUAGAAUAGCCUAGUCGUUACCAUGGAGACAAGAAGAGAUUUGCAUCCUGGACUCAAGAUGUUGGACUACUAGGACUGUUCAGCCUGCAUCAGAUCCUGAGAGGCCAUGAUGGGAUGCGCCUGCCCCCUGGUGGCAUGUCUUGGGAGGACCUUGGGCUUCCUUGGCAGCAUGACUUGAAAGGCUUGUUUCUGGGUGUGGCCUCAGUUCCCCCGCCUCUGUGGAUCUCAAGAGAAUGAGUGUGGGUUUGUGCUAUAUGCUGGACAGACUUCUGCUUCUAAAUACAGUUUGUUUUACACGUUGAUCCCUG